AUGGAAGUGUGUCUCCAAGGGUAUAGGCUCACUCUAUUUUGGAUUCAGUUCUGCAUCAUGUCUUUCAAGGGUGGUUCGACCGAAACCCAACAUGUCGACUACUCGGACUCGGACGCGCCUCGAAAGUCCCACGCGAUAAAUGCCCAGUUAAUCUUCGCAUGUACAGUGUUUGGUGCAGCUUCAUUCUUGUUCGGAUUCGACGACAAGAUCAUUUCUCCGGUUGCUGCAUUGCCGGGUUUUGUUGAGAAAUUCCAAGGACCUAACCCAGUCACUGGGAAGUAUGUCCUCACGGCUCGCAAUCAGAAUCUGGUAUUCUCCCUUCCAUUAGUGGGGUCCGUGAUCGGAGGUCUGCUUGCUUCGCCAAUGAAUUUCCACCUUGGUCGCAAAUGGCCUUUGAUCAUCGCAUAUUUCGUGUCUGUGGGUGGUGGAUUGCUGCAGGUCUUUGCCCCGAAUUUGGGGGCCUUUGUGGGUGGCCGCUCUAUUAAUUCGGUUGCUCUGGGCAUCAUAAAUGCAACUGCCCCUUUGUAUAUCUCCGAGGUGGUCCCCGUAUCUAUACGGGGAAGAUGUGUCAGCUCAAUGAACAUCUUGAAUCUAACAGCCGGCGUCGUAGGUACCGUGGUGGUGUUCAGAACAGAAAAGAUCGAUGGGAGCCUAUCAUAUCAGAUCCCAAUGGCUAUACAGUGUGCUCUGCCUGUCCUUCUUCUCCUCCUGACAGUGCCCCUCCCAGAAAGCCCACAAUGGCUGGCAGGGAAGGGAAAUAUAGAAGACGCUCGACACAACCUGCGGAAACUGCGUGGGUCCAGUGACGACGAGGUUGAAGAGGAACUCCGUCUCAUGAAGCUGUCUGAAGAAAAUGAGCGCGAGCUACAUGCCCAGACCAACUUCUGGCACAUAUUCCAGCGACAGCACCUCAAGCGUACCCUAACUGCAGGCUCAUUUUUCUCUCUCAACCAAAUAUCAGGCAUUAUCCUUUCAACCACAUAUACAACCGUCUUCCUCACAGCACUGGGCGUUGCAGACGCCUUCGCCCUGACAAUCAUCUCAUCCUGCUGCACAUUAGCCGGCACCAUUGCCGCACCCUUCGUCAUCGACCGUGCCGGUCGACGUCCCACCGCAUUCAUCGGAAUGGGGAUUCUGUUCAUAAUUGACGUCGUGGCCGGUGGUUUAGCCUUCAACACAGGCAACAAGAAAGCCACUAUGGCCAUCGCCGCUUUGUCCUUCGUAUUCAACUUCUUCUGGGCUUCUUCCUUCUUCUCACUGUCGAACGUCAUGCCCUCCGAAAUGGCAACUCCCAAACUCCGCCACCACACAAUGGCAUACACAAUUGCCUGUGCGCAAACAACUGCCGUUAUCACCACUCUUGUUGUUCCGCAGCUGACUUCGGCGGAUGCAGCUAACCUUGGCGCGAAGACUUAUCUCAUCUUCGCUGGCUGCAUGGCUGCGAUCAUUGUGUUUUUCUACUUUUUCAUGCCGGAGACGCGUGGCCGGACUUUUGCCGAGAUCGAUGAGAUGUAUGCCGCUAAGAUCCCUAUGUGGAAGUGGAGGUCGUAUGAGACUUCAUUUGAGUUGAGGUCCCGUGAGUCAAAGGGUUUGUGA